AUGGACAGCCCCGGACCUUCUGCAGGUCAAGAUGACCUCGAUCUCUACGAGUUGCUUGGCAUCGAGAGAAGCGCAACCCCGGACCAGAUCAAGAAGGCCUACCGGAAGCUUGCCCUGAAGCACCACCCCGACAAGGUCCCGGAGGACCAGCGCGAAGAGUCAGAAGCCAAGUUCAAGGCCGUCACACAAGCAUAUGAGAUUCUUCGCGAUGAAGACAAGCGAGAGAUGUACGACCGCCACGGCAUGGCCGCUUUUGACCCCAGCAGAGGCGGCGGCAUGGGACCCGAGGUCGAUAUCAACGACAUCCUGGCACAAAUGUUCGGCAUGGGUAUGGGUGGAGGCCCUGGCGGUGGCAGGCCCCGAGGUCCUAUGAAGGGCCCUGACGAUGAGAAUGCCUACAGCAUCUCGCUGGAAGAUCUCUACAAGGGCAAGACUGUCAAGUUCGCCGCAGACAAGCAGAUCGUCUGCGGUACCUGCAAGGGCUCUGGCGCCAAGGAGAAGGUCAAGCCCGAGACCUGCCAGCGGUGCAAGGGCCGCGGCAAGGUUGAGGCCUUCAGACAGGUUGGUCCUGGUAUGGUAGCCCGGGAGGCUGCCAUUUGCGACAGAUGUGAGGGUUCUGGCAAUUCCAUCAAGGAGAAGGACCGAUGCAAGAAGUGCAAGGGCAAGCGCACAGUCAAGGAGAGGAAGCCGCUCGAGAUUUACAUUCCGCGCGGUUCCAUGCAAGGCGAGCGUAUUGUCCUCGAGGGCGAGGCUGAUCAGCAUCCGGAUAUGCGACCUGGAGACCUGGUUUUCAUCCUGGAGGAGGAGCCGCAUGACGUAUUCAACAGAAUCGGCGCCGAUUUGUCGGCAGAUCUCGAUAUCACUCUUGCAGAGGCUCUUACUGGAUUCUCGCGCGUCGUCUUGACUCACCUUGACGGCCGCGGCAUCAAGAUUACCCACCCACGGGGCAAGAUCUUGCAACCCGGCCAAGUGUUGAAGGUCGAGGGUGAAGGUAUGCCUCACAAGCGUGGAGACGGCAAGGGCGAUCUCUACCUGUUGGUCAAGAUCCAGUUCCCCGAGGAUGGAUGGUUGCAGGAUGAUGACAGCCAAUACGAGGCUCUUUGCAAGCUGUUGCCUCCCCCCGCUGAGCCCAUCAAGGCUGAGGAAGUUGACGAGGUGGAGUACGACGAGGAUGCUGACAUUGAAGAGAUGGGAGCCCAGUCGGGAGACCCUCGAUACCAGAAUGAGUGGGCUGACGAUGAUGAUGAGGCGGGCGGUGCCCAGUGUGCACAGCAGUAA